AUGACUUUCUCGAGUUUGAGGACACGGACUCUGAAGACGAGGAAGAGAUUGAAGAAGCGAUGGACGAUCUCGAGGCACCACCAUAUGAAUCUGAAAAUGAGAAGAACGUUUGGAUUUGGAGGUCAUCGGGACCAAAACCCCAGUGAAGGGGAAUUCUGGAUCGAGAAAACAGAGAAGCUGCUAGACCACCUACAUUGCGGAGAAGAAGAGAAGGUCAAUUGUGCCACCUUCAUGCUGCAAGAUGAGGCAGAUAGAUGGUGGAAAGGAGUCAAGAGGGAAAUGAGCCCUCGAGCUAGGGCACCCUACAUCACCUGGGAGCGAUUUAAGGAACUCUUCAAUGAGAAAUACCUUUCCCUGAAUUUAAGAAUGAAGAAUGAGAGAGAAUUCAUGGAGCUAAAACAAACCGGAGACAUGACUGUCGCCCAAUACGAGGACGCUUUUAGCCGAUUGAUCAAGUACAUGCCUAUUUACGAAGGGGACGAAAGAAUCAAAGCUCAGAAGUUUUGGGGGGGACUAAAUUCGAAGCUUCAGAGGGCCUUAAGCAGUAUAAGUACUCAGUCUUAUACAGAAGUGGUGUUGCAAGCUUUUACCACUGAGGCCAACCUAAGCCGAAUCGAAGCUAUCCAAGGAGAGAGUCAGCAAGGAAGCGGUCAUAAAGCAGGCAAGAAGCUGGAACUCUAG